ACCUAAGGUAUUUACCCAUCAACGACCAUGACCAUAGAGCCGCCCUUAGAUACACCAGAUAAUGUUUCCCACCAAAAAAUCAUACAAGUUUCCCUGCGAACAGGUCCUCCGACAAGGGAAGAAUUGCUCGCGUACUAUCCAGCCAAGUUCACAUGGCACCAGCUCAAGACCUUCGUGAAUUCUGGGGAUCUUGGGCUACUAAAGCGUGACAAGGCGCUACAAGAAAGAUAUGAUGCGUGGUCUCCAGAGAUUGUAAAAGAGUACGGCUCAAUUGAGAACUACCUUAUCAACCAUCGUCUCCAAUGGGGGAAGCCAGAUACCCUUUCGCUCUUACCCUCAGCACUCGAUAGUGAUACCAGACUCAAGGACGUAUCCAUCUCACCAUCCAAAUCUAAUCAGCCCCUCCCAGACAAACCCGAAUAUUUCAAAGCUGAUAUCCCGUUCGACUCAAAGUUCAUCAGUAUCAUUCAGAACUCCUGGCCUUACUCCGUCCCUAUCGAGAUCGAACAUACACUCAUCUGGUCGCGAGUACCUAUCUUCCAUCCAGAUCUCAUCCCACCAGAAGUCGACACACGGGUUCAACAAGAUGGGCUGUGUGGGUUUACAGGUAACGACGAGCUUCCACCCUCACCGUCCACCCUACCAGAAUGUUUGCCUGCCCUAGCGGAGUGGGGAAUCACAAUGGACAAAUUAGUUCGCAGCCCCAGGGGCAGUCCAGAGAUCGAAGAGAUGGUGAGGAAUGCUGGAAGAGAAAUAGAUGGUUUUGUGAAACGAAGGUGGGUGGAGAGGGAAUGGGAGACUGCAUGGUUUGUCAACCCCCCAAGGCUACAAAGCGUUCCUGGACUAGCACAUAUACAUGUAUUCGCGAAGAAGAAGGAAUAUGUACUCAUAGAUUAGACCAAUAUUAGACAUAGAAUACAGAGUUUUAUGAUUUGUUGUCUUUGGAAACGAGUUUCAUUUGAUCCACCACUAUCUUCACGAUAUCACGCCAUUCCGUCAUAGCACCGAGUCCUUCGAAA